AUGGCAGAAGCAGAGGGAGGAUCCGAGCAGGAUGAUGUUUCAUUCCUGCGGACGGAAGAUAUGGUGUGCCUGUCCUGUACGGCGACCGGGGAGCGUGUCUGCCUGGCGGCCGAAGGCUUCGGCAACCGGCACUGCUUCCUGGAGAACAUCGCAGACAAGAACAUCCCGCCGGACCUAUCGCAGUGCGUGUUCGUGAUCGAGCAGGCCCUCUCGGUGCGUGCGCUGCAGGAGUUGGUAACGGCGGCCGGCUCGGAAACGGGAAACGAUUCGGUUGGCAAAGGUACCGGUUCCGGACAUCGGACGUUGCUGUACGGCAAUGCGAUCCUGCUGCGUCACAACAACAGCGACAUGUACCUUGCCUGCCUGUCGACGUCGUCCUCCAACGACAAGCUGUCCUUCGACGUGGGUCUGCAGGAGCACAGCCAGGGCGAGGCGUGCUGGUGGACGGUCCAUCCGGCCAGUAAGCAGCGUUCGGAGGGUGAGAAGGUUCGCGUCGGUGACGAUCUCAUCCUGGUGUCUGUCGCUACCGAGCGAUAUCUGCACACGACGAAGGAGAACGAUCUGUCGGUCGUCAAUGCGAGCUUCCACGUGACGCACUGGAGCGUGCAGCCGUACGGGACGGGUAUUUCGCGCAUGAAGUACGUCGGUUACGUGUUCGGUGGUGACGUGCUGCGGUUCUUUCACGGUGGCGACGAGUGUCUCACGAUCCCCAGCACCUGGAGCGAAGAUCUCGGUCAAAACAUCGUGGUGUACGAAGGUGGCUCGGUGAUGUCGCAGGCGCGAUCGCUCUGGCGCCUCGAGCUGGCCCGCACCAAGUGGGCCGGUGGGUUCAUCAACUGGUCACACCCGAUGCGCAUCCGCCACCUGACGACCGGCCGGUACCUGGGCGUGAACGAUAACAACGAGCUGAUCCUGAUGACGCGCGAUCAGGCGACCACCUCGCAGACGGCGUUCGUACUGCGUCUCGAGAAGGACGACCAGAAGGUGGUGCUGGAGGAUAAGGACCUGGAGAUUAUCGGUGCACCGAUCAUCAAGUACGGUGACUCGACCGUCAUCAUGCAGCACUACGAGUCGAGCCUGUGGGUCAGCUACAAGAGCUACGAAACGAAAAAGAAGGGCGUCGGCAAGGUCGAGGAGAAGCAAGCGAUCCUGCACGAGGAGGGCAAGAUGGACGAUGGGCUGGACUUUUCGCGCUCGCAGGAGGAAGAGUCGCGUACGGCCCGUGUCAUCCGCAAGUGCAGCAGUCUGUUCACCAAGUUCAUCAGUGGCCUUGAAACGCUCCAGGAGAAUCGGCGCCAUUCGAUCUUCCUGCAGACGGUCAACCUGGGCGAGAUGGUGAUGUGCCUGGAGGAUCUGAUCAACUACUUCGCCCAGCCGGAGGAUGACAUGGAGCACGAGGAGAAGCAGAACCGACUGCGGGCACUCCGCAACCGGCAGGACCUGUUCCAGGAGGAGGGCGUCCUGAAUCUGAUCCUCGAGGCGAUCGACAAGAUCAACGUCAUCUCGUCGCAGGGCUUCCUGGCAUCGUUCCUGGCGAGUGACGAGAGUGGCCAGAGCUGGGAUAUGAUCUCCGGUUACCUCUACCAGCUGCUGGCGGCCAUCAUCAAGGGCAACCACACGAACUGUGCCCAGUUUGCCAACUCGAACCGCCUGAACUGGCUCUUCUCACGUCUCGGCUCCCAGGCGUCGAGCGAAGGUUCCGGAAUGCUGGAUGUGUUGCACUGCGUCCUGAUUGACUCACCGGAAGCGCUGAACAUGAUGCGGGACGAACACAUCAAGGUGAUCAUCUCGCUGCUGGAGAAACACGGCCGCGAUCCGAAAGUCCUGGACGUGCUCUGUUCGCUGUGCGUCGGUAACGGGGUGGCGGUCCGCUCGUCCCAGAACAACAUCUGUGACUUUCUGCUGCCGGGCAAGAACUUGCUCCUGCAGACGAGCCUCGUUGACCACGUGGCCAGCAUUCGGCCGAAUAUCUUCGUGGGCCGCGUCAGUGGGUCCGCCAUCUACCAGAAGUGGUACUUCGAGGUGACGAUGGACCACAUCGAGCAGAUGACGCACAUGACGCCGCACCUGCGCAUCGGUUGGGCCAACACGGCCGGCUACGUGCCGUACCCGGGCGGGGGCGAGAAGUGGGGCGGCAACGGUGUCGGGGACGAUCUGUUCUCGUACGGGUUCGACGGGAUGCAUUUCUGGUCGGCCGGCCGCCGGACGCGGGUCGUGCCGGCCGACGUGACGGAACCGUUCAUCCGGAAGGGUGACGUCAUCGGGUGUACGCUCGAUCUGAGCGUCCCGGUGAUCCGCUUCACCUUCAACGGGGAGCCGGUGCAGGGUUGCUUCACCGACUUCAAUCUGGACGGGAUGUUCUUCCCGGUGAUGAGCUGCUCGUCGAAGCUCAGCUGUCGCUUCCUGUUCGGCGGGGAUAACGGGCGCAUGAAGUUUAGCCCACCGCCCGGCUUCUCGCCGCUCGUACAGUGCCUUAUGCCCCACCAGAACCUCAGUCUCGAUCCGUGCUUCUACUUCGGGAACCUGCACAAGAACGUGCUGGCCGGGCCGUGGUUGGUCGAGGACGAUUCGGCGUUCGUACCGAUGCCGGUCGAUACGUCGACCGUGACGCUCCCGUCCUCGGUCGAGACGAUCCGGGACAAGCUGGCGGAGAACAUCCACGAGAUGUGGGCGCUCAACAAGAUCGAGGCCGGCUGGACGUGGGGUGAGCGGCGUGACGAUGUGUACCGCAUCCACCCGUGUCUGACCUCGUUCGAGAAGUUGCCGGCGGCUGAGAAGCGCUACGAUAGCCAGUUGGCCGUGCAGACUCUCAAGACGAUCCUGUCGCUUGGUUACUACAUCUCGGUCGACAAGCCACCGGCUCGCAUUCGACCGAUCCGCCUACCGAAUGAUCCGUACAUGCAGGGCAAUGGCUACAAGCCGGGUCCGCUGGACCUGAGCGCGGCCGUCCUGACUCCCAAGAUGGAGGAACUCGUCGAUCAGCUGGCGGAGAACACGCAUAACCUGUGGGCGAAGGAGCGCAUCCAGCAAGGCUGGACGUACGGGUUGAACGAGGACGCCGACAAUCUGCGCAGCCCACAUCUGGUGCCGUACGCGAAGGUGGAUGAAGCGAUCAAGAAGGCGAACCGGGACACGGCUUCGGAAACCGUCCGGACGCUGCUCAUCUACGGCUACAAUCUGGACCCACCGACCGGCGAAGCGAACGAGGCGCUGGCUGCGGAAGCUCUGCGCCAGAAGUUUGCCGCCUUCCGGACGUACCGCGUCGAGCGGACGUACGCCGUCAGCUCGGGCAAGUGGUACUUCGAGUUCGAGGUGCUCGCCGCCGGUCCGAUGAGGGUCGGUUGGGCUCGAGCCGACUGCAAUCCCGGGACGAUGCUCGGUAGCGACGAUGCGUCCUGGGCCUUCGAUGGUUACAACGCACGCAAGAUGCAUCUGCACACGGUCGAAGACUUUGGCAGGCGCUAUAAGAUCGGUGACAUCAUCGGGUGCUUCAUAAACGUCGGCGAGAAGAGCAUGAGUUUCUCGCUGAACGGGGAGCUUCUGAUGGACGCGCUGGGCGGCGAAACGACGUUUGCGGACGUUAACGCACCGGAAGGUGUCGGAUUCGUGCCAGCCUGUACGAUCGGAAUUGGCCAAAAGGCUCGCGUCGUGUACGGACAGGAUGUGGACUCGCUCAAGUGGUUCACCACCUGCGGUCUACAGGAAGGCUACGAACCGUUCUGCGUAAACAUGAAACGCCCGGUCACGCACUGGUACACGAAGGAUCAGCCAAUCUUUGAGAACACGGACGAGGUCCCGGACGGUCGGAUCGACGUGACUCGCAUCCCGGGCGGUGCCGAUACACCGCCGUGCAUGAAGAUCUCGCACAACACGUUCGAGACGAUGGAGAAAGCGAACUGGGAGUUUCUGCGGCUCUCGCUCCCGGUCACGUGUGCCGGUUCGUUCAUCACGGAAACGGAGAAGAUGCACCGCUGGGAGGAGAUCCGCAUCCGGCAGCACCGGCUAAUGACGGAAGUGGAGCACGCGGCGCCGGCCCAUUUCGAUCACAUCAUGCGCAGCGGAUUCACGAUGAGUGACAUCAAGGGACUGCACCGGAACUACUCGGAGGAUGCGGCCGAGCAGGACGAGAUGAUGCGCCCGACGAAUGGCCCACAGCGUCCUUCGCGCCAUCCAGGCCGCACGGGAGGGCUUAGUCCACCCGGUAUCGAGAUCAACGGGGAGGCGACGAGUGACGGAGAGCUGAAUGCGUACUCCGACAACGAGCUGGACGGGGCCGAGGGUACCGAUGGGCGUAAGAAGCGAGGUCGCAGCCCGUUCCGGUUGUUCGGUAAGAAGCGUGACCAGAGCAAGGACAAGCUGAAGGCGGAUCGCCGGACGCCGGAGCCGGAGCCCCGCAAAAGCAACCUGAAGGUGCGCGGUGGUCAAGCGGGUGCGCGUCUUUCGAACAGUGACCUUCGCCAGCAGGCUCCGAUGGUUCCGGACCGGAAGGCCGGUAUGGCCGGUGGUAACGCCCAGGUGGAGUCCUUCGGAAACGAGGUGUACGAUGCCGACUGUCUGCGGCUCAUCAACGAGUACUUCUACGGUGUACGGAUCUUCCCGGGACAGGACCCGACGCACGUGUACGUCGGCUGGGUCACCACCCAGUACCACGUGCACAGCAAGGAGUUCAACCAGGGCAAGGUGCGCCACGCCGCGAUCUACGUGGAGGAUGAGGUCGGCAAAACGAUCGAAAUCGUAAACCGCCAAUCCUGCUACAUGGUCCGGGCGGACGAGCUGUUCAACGAGGUCACACAGGACGCGUCCGGAAAGGGGGCAUCGCAGGGUAUGUUCGUCGGGUGCUUCGUGGACACGGCCACCGGCACGAUCCGGUUCACGUGCGAGGGCAAGGAAACGUCGCACGUGUUCCUGAUGGAACCGGACACCAAGCUGUUCCCGGCCAUCUUCGUCGAGGCGACGAGCAAGGAGAUCCUGCAGAUCGAGCUGGGCCGCACGCCCACCACGUUGCCCCUGUCGGCGGCCGUCCUGCCAACGAGCGAUAAGCACAUCAACCCGCAGUUCCCACCUCGGCUGAAGGUCCAGUGUCUGAAGCCGCAUCAGUGGGCCCGAGUGCCUAACACGGCGCUCCAGGUCCACGCGCUGAAGCUGUCCGAUAUCCGCGGUUGGUCGAUGCUGUGCGAGGAUCCGGUGUCGAUGCUUGCGCUCCACAUCCCCGAGGAGGAUCGCUGUAUGGACAUUCUGGAGCUGAUCGAAAUCGAUCGACUCCUGCAGUUCCACGCGCACACGCUGACCCUCUACUCGGCCCUCUGCUACCAGUCCAACUACCGGGCGGCCCAUGCGCUCUGCUCGCACGUCGACCAGAAGCAGCUCCUGUACGCGAUCCAGUCCGAGUACAUGAGCGGUCCGCUGAGGCUCGGGUUCUACGACCUGCUGAUCUCGCUGCACCUCGAGUCACACGCCACUACAAUGGAGGUCUGUAAGAAUGAGUACAUCAUUCCGCUCGGGACCGACCUGAAGGAUCUGUACGCGGACUCGGAAAUGUGUCACUCGCUGCGCUCGCUCCAAACGCUGUCGGUGCAGCCGGAAAUGAAUAUGACCGAGAUUGCACCCACACCCUCACAAUCGAAUAUGCCGACAAUAGUAGCACCAGAUUCUUCCAGUGAACCCAUACCGGCAAUUGACUCGUUAUAUUCGCCAAGAUUCCCACUCGAGGUGGUGAGAGAGUUCGUGAUGAGUGCACUGCAGGAGGCAGUCCUGAUCAAUCAGGUGCACAAUCGCGACCCGAUCGGUGGAUCGAACGAAAACCUGUUCCUACCCUUGAUCAAGUUGAUCGACCGGCUGCUGCUGGUGGGUGUCAUCACGAACGAGGACGUCGAGAAGCUGCUGAUCAUGAUCGACCCGGAGACGUGGGAUCCGUUGUUCGAGAAGGAAGGUAAGGAUGAGCACCGGAAGGGCUUGCUGCGGAUGAAGAUGGCCGAGGGAGCCAAGCUGCAGAUGUGCUACCUGCUGCACCAUCUAUACGAUGUGCAGCUAAGGCACCGCGUCGAGAGUAUCAUCGCGUUCGCCUUCAACUACGUCGGUGAUCUGCAGCAAGAUCAGUUACGCCGGUACAUCGAGAUCAAGCAAUCGGAUCUACCCAGUGCCGUGGCGGCGAAGAAGACACGCGAGUUCCGCUGUCCACCGCGCGAACAAAUGAACGCCAUCCUCGGGUUCAAGAACCUGGAGGAGGACGAUCUCGAGAAUGCGUCCUGUGGUCCGGAUCUUCGGAACCGGCUGGUAGAGUUCCACGAUGGGCUGAUGGGGAAGGUUUCACUAAACGCGCUCCAGGAACCGGAGGAACCUGAGGCGGACAAGCUGAACGAAACGCGCCCGGGAGCGAUCAAGAAGCUGUACAACUUCAUCAACGCCGUCAAGGAGCUGGAAGAGGACCCGAAGGAACCGGUCGAGGAGGAGAAGAAAACGCCCGAGGAGGUGUUCCGCAAGGUGCUGAUCAAGCAGCUCGUCUCGUGGGCGGAAGAGUCGCAGAUCGAGAACCCGAAGCUGGUGCGCGAAAUGUUCGGGCUCCUCGUCCGUCAGUACGACACGAUCGGUGAGCUGAUCAAGGCGCUCAACAAAACGUACGUGAUCAACUCGAAAACGAAGGCCGACGUCGCGAACAUGUGGAUCGGACUGAGCCAGAUCCGAGCGCUGCUCCCGGUCCAGAUGAGCCAGGAGGAAGAGGAGUUGAUGCGCAAGCGACUCUGGAAGCUGGUCAACAACCACACGUUCUUCCAGCACCCGGAUCUGAUCCGUAUCCUGCGUGUGCACGAGAACGUGAUGGCGGUGAUGAUGAAUACACUCGGGCGGCGGGCCCAAGCCCAGAGCGAUGCCCCAGUGCAGACGGCCGACGGUGAGGAAUCGGCCCCGAAGGAGAAGGACACCUCGCACCAGAUGGUGGUCGCGUGCUGUCGCUUCCUGUGCUACUUCUGCCGAACCGGACGCCAGAACCAGAAGGCCAUGUUUGACCACUUCGACUUUCUGCUCGAGAACUCCAACAUCCUGCUGUCGCGUCCGAGUCUCCGCGGGUCCACACCACUCGAUGUGGCCUACUCCAGUCUGAUGGAAAACACGGAGCUGGCGUUGGCACUCCGGGAGCACUAUCUGGAGAAGAUCGCGAUCUACUUGUCCCGGUGCGGACUGCAGAGCAACUCGGAACUGAUCGAGCGCGGUUAUCCGGAUCUCGGUUGGGAUCCGGUUGAAGGUGAACGGUAUCUCGAUUUCCUACGUUUCUGCGUGUGGGUUAACGGGGAGAGCGUCGAGGAGAACGCUAAUCUCGUGAUCCGACUGCUGAUCCGACGCCCCGAGUGUCUCGGGCCGGCUCUGCGUGGUGAGGGCGAAGGUCUGCUGAAGGCCAUCAUCGAAGCGAACAAGAUGUCGGAACGGAUCUCCGAGCGGCGAAAGCUGCAGGAGGAGACCGACGGGACGAUCGUGGGGCUGAACUUUACGCACCCGCUGCCGGAAGGGGACGACGAUGAGGAUUACAUCGAUACCGGGGCGGCCAUUCUGUGCUUCUACUGUACGCUGGUGGAUCUGCUGGGACGCUGCGCUCCGGAUGCGGCUGUGAUCGAACAGGGAAAGAACGAGUCGCUUAGGGCACGGGCUAUCCUGCGUUCGCUCGUCCCACUAGAGGACCUGCAGGGAGUGUUGAGUCUCAAGUUCACGCUCACCAAUCCGGCGGUUGGGGAGGAUAGGCCCAAGUCUGACAUCCCGUCUGGACUGGUGCCCGGUCACAAGCAGAGCGUCGUGCUGUUCCUCGAGCGAGUCUACGGGAUUGAAACGCAGGAGCUGUUCUAUCGGCUGCUGGAGGAUGCGUUCCUGCCUGAUCUGCGCGCAGCAACCAUGCUCGAUCGGAGCGAUGGCUCCGAGAGCGAUAUGGCGCUCUCGAUGAACCGCUACAUCGGCAACUCCAUCCUGCCGCUGCUGAUCAAGCACUCGAAGUUCUACAACGAGGCCGAAAACUACGCCAGCCUGCUGGACGCCACGCUCCACACCGUGUACCGGAUGUCGAAGAACCGGAUGCUGACCAAGGGUCAGCGUGAGGCGGUGUCGGACUUCCUGGUUGCCCUCACGUCGGCCAUGCACCCGGCGAUGCUACUGAAGCUGCUCCGCAAGCUGACCGUCGAUGUGUCGAAGCUAUCGGAAUACACGACGGUAGCGCUGCGGCUGCUGACGUUGCACUACGAGCGGUGCGCUAAGUACUACGGUACGACCGGUGGUGGCCAAGCGUCCCAGUUCGGGGCAUCGUCCGACGAGGAGAAGCGCCUCACGAUGCUACUGUUCUCGAACAUCUUCGAUUCGCUCAGCAACAUGGACUACGAUCCGGAGCUGUUCGGUAAGGCGCUUCCGUGUCUGAUCGCGAUCGGGUGUGCCCUGCCACCGGACUACAGUUUGUCGAAGAACUCGGACGAUGAUCUGUACGGUAAACCGACCGGCGGCGGGCCCGAUCAACCUCACUACAAUCCACAGCCCAUCGACACGAGCAUGGUCCAGCUGACGAACGAUCUUAAUCAGAUCGUACAGAAGUUCAGCGAACAUUACCACGACGCCUGGGCGAGCCGCAAACUGGAGAACGGUUGGACCUACGGUGAUCAGUGGUCCGAUGCGAACAAGACCCACCCACGGCUGAAGCCGUACAACACUCUGAGCGAAUACGAACGUGAACGUUACCGAGAACCAGUUCGCGAAAGCUUGAAGGGACUGCUGGCGUUGAACUGGAGAAUCGAGCACUCGGAGGGUGAUGUCCCGCUAUCCAACCGCGGCUCCAUGCGUCGCCAAUCGAAGCCCAAUCUUGAAUUGCAGGGCGAUACGGGAUCACCGUUCAACUACAAUCCGCACCCGGUCGACAUGACCAACCUGACGCUGAGCAGGGAGAUGCAGAACAUGGCCGAACGGUUGGCCGAAAACUCGCACGACAUUUGGGCGAAGAAGAAGAACGAAGAGCUGAACCAGUGCGGCGGAGCCAUCCACGCCCAGCUCGUCCCGUACGAUCUGCUGACGGACAAGGAGAAGCGCAAGGACCGGGAACGUUCGCAGGAGUUCCUGAAGUACCUCCAGUACCAGGGGCUUAAGCUGCACAAACCAUCUCGGGGUCAAACGGAGGAACCGGGCAUGACUACGGCUGCCAUCGAGCUGCGCUUCGCUUACUCGCUGCUCGAGAAGCUGAUCUCGUACAGUGAUCGGGCCACGAUCAACAUGAAGCUGCUCAAACCAUCGACCACCUUCAGCCGCCGGUCGUCGUUUAAGACUUGCUCGCGGGACAUUAAGUUCUUCUCGAAGGUUGUCCUGCCGCUGAUGGAGAAGUACUUCUCGACGAACCGCAACUACUUCAUCGCGAUCGCGACGGCCACCAACAAUGUCGGGGCCGCAUCGCUGAAGGAGAAGGAGAUGGUGGCGGCCCUGUUCUGUAAGCUGGCCAGUUUGCUGCGCUACCGUCUGGCAGCGUUCGGUGCGGACGUCCGCAUCACCGUGCGCUGUCUGCAGGUGCUGGUGAAGAGUAUCGACGCCAAGUCGCUCGUCAAGAACUGUCCCGAGUUUAUUCGUACCUCGAUGCUGACGUUCUUCAACAACACCGCCGACGAUCUGGGGCAAACGAUCGUUAAUCUGACGGAGGGCAAGUACGAUCGGCUUCGCGGGACGCACCUGAAGACGUCCACCUCGCUGGCGUACGUCAACCAGGUGAUCUUACCGAUACUGACGUCACUGUUCGAUCAUCUGGCUGCCUGCGAUUAUGGCAGUGAUCUGUUGCUGGACGAAAUUCAGGUGGCAUCGUACAAGACCCUGUCGGCCCUGUACACCCUCGGUACCGAUAUGUCACUGACUCGCGAUCGCAAAUACCUCAAGACGGAGCUCGAGCGCCACAAGCCAGCGCUCGGGUCGUGCCUCGGUGCGUUCAGUUCCUGUUUCCCGGUGGCCUUCCUGGAGCCACACGCCAACAAGCACAACCCGUUCUCGCUGCUCAACCGCAUCGCGGACACUUCGCUCGAGGCGCAAGAUAUUAUGACCAAAAUGGAGAGCUGCAUGCCAACGCUGGAAUCGAUCCUGGCGGAGGUGGAUCAGUUUGUGGAGUCGGAGAAAACGUACCAGGAGGCGCAGCACAUUAUCGACGUGAUUCUGCCGCUGCUCUGCUCGUACCUGCCGUUCUGGUGGAACCAGGGCCCGGACAACGUUAGCCCACAGUCGGGCAACCACGUCACGAUGGUGACGGCCGACCACAUGAACCAUCUGCUGAAGAACGUGCUGAAGAUGAUCCGCAAGAACAUUGCGAACGAGAACGCGCCGUGGAUGACGCGGAUCGCCACGUACACGCAGCAGAUCAUCAUCAACAGCUCGGAGGAGCUGCUGAAGGACGUCUUCCUGCCGCUGGCCGAGCGGGUCAAAAAGCGCUGCGACAGCAUGUUCCACAAGGAGGAAAGCUUGCGUGGUUUCCUCAAGUCUUCCACCGAUGAUACCUCUCAGAUUGAAGCCCAGAUCCAGGAGGACUGGCAACUGCUGGUGCGCGACAUUUACUCGUUCUACCCGCUGCUCAUCAAGUACGUUGACCUGCAGCGCAACCACUGGCUGAAGGAUAACGUGUCGGAGGCCGAAGAGCUGUACAAUCACGUGGCCGAGAUCUUCAACGUGUGGUCCAAGAGUCAGUACUUCCUGAAGGAGGAGCAGAACUUUAUUUCGGCCAACGAGAUCGACAACAUGGCCCUAAUCAUGCCGACUGCGACGCGCCGUUCGGCCGCCAUUUCGGGCGACGUUCCGGCGUCUGGCGGUAAGGUGAAGAAGAAGAAGCGCAGCCGUGACAAGAAGCGGGACAAGGACAAGGAAAUCCAGUCCAGUCUGAUGGUGGCGUGCCUGAAGCGCUUGCUGCCGGUCGGUCUGAAUCUGUUCGCCGGCAAGGAGCAGGAGCUGGUGCAACACUGCAAGGAUCGGUAUCUGAAGAAAAUGCCCGAGUACGAGGUGAUCGAGUUCGCCCGCACGCAGCUCACCCUGCCCGACAAGCUCGACCCGGCCGACGAGAUGUCCUGGCAGCACUACCUGUACUCGAAGCUCGGCAAAAAGGAGCAACUGGUGCAGGACUCGAUCGAGAAGAGCGACAAGAAGCCGGAAAACAAGAUCGAGGACACGGUGGAGCGGAUCGUCGCGAUGGCCAAGGUUUUGUUUGGGCUGCACAUGGCAUGCCGACCUAAAAUCAAAGGUCUUAAUUGGACACACGUUUUAUCACAAGCACGACGCAAAAUGGCUGUUGCAUGUCUAAGAGCAAAACCAAUGUAUAGAUUGAGCAGGCACCGAGCUUGCAACAUUUUUGGAAGAAGCUACUCGGAGCUGUGGCUGGAGGAUGAGAACGUUGGCCAGGAGGUCAUGAUUGAGGAUCUAACUCAAACCUUCGAAGAUGCGGAAAAGAAGAAAAAGGACGAGGAAGAGGAAGAGAGUAAGCCCGAUCCGCUGACACAGCUCGUGACGACGUUCUGCCGUGGUGCCAUGACGGAGCGCAGCGGUGCCCUGCAAGAGGAUCCCCUGUACAUGUCCUACGCCAGCAUUGUGGCUCGAUCGUGCGGCGAAGAGGAAGAAGAGGGUGGCGACGAGGAGGAAGGUGCUGGUGAUGACGAGGGCGGCGCUAGCAUUCACGAACAAGAGAUGGAGAAACAGAAGCUACUGUUCCAUCAGGCCCGUUUGGCCAAUCGUGGCGUAGCGGAGAUGGUGCUGCUGCACAUCUCGGCCUCGAAGGGUCUCCCAUCGGAGAUGGUGAUGCGAACACUCGAGCUGGGAAUCGCGGUGCUGCGCGGUGGCAACAUCGACAUCCAGAUGGGAAUGCUGAACCACCUGAAGGAGAAGAAGGACGUCGGAUUCUUCACCUCCAUCGCGGGCCUGAUGAACUCGUGCAGUGUCCUCGAUCUGGACGCGUUCGAGCGCAACACCAAGGCGGAAGGUCUGGGCGUCGGUUCGGAGGGUGCCGCAGGCGAGAAGAACAUGCACGACGCCGAGUUCACCUGCGCGCUGUUCCGGUUCAUCCAGUUGACCUGCGAGGGCCACAACCUGGACUGGCAGAACUAUCUGCGUACGCAGGCCGGUAACACGACCACGGUGAACGUGGUCAUCUGCACCGUCGAUUACCUGCUGCGACUGCAGGAAUCGAUUAUGGACUUCUACUGGCACUACUCGAGCAAGGAGCUGAUCGAUCCGGCCGGCAAGGCCAACUUUUUCAAGGCCAUCGGCGUCGCUAGCCAGGUCUUCAACACGCUCACUGAGGUCAUCCAGGGUCCGUGUACGCAGAACCAGCAAGCGUUGGCCCACUCGCGUCUAUGGGACGCCGUCGGUGGUUUCCUGUUCCUGUUCUCGCACAUGCAGGAUAAACUGUCGAAGCACUCGAGCCAGGUAGAUCUGCUGAAGGAGCUGCUAAACCUGCAAAAGGACAUGAUCACCAUGAUGCUGUCGAUGCUGGAGGGCAACGUCGUCAAUGGUACGAUCGGUAAACAGAUGGUGGACACGCUCGUCGAGUCGGCCUCGAACGUCGAGCUGAUCCUGAAGUACUUCGAUAUGUUCCUGAAGCUGAAGGAUCUCACGUCGACGCCCAGCUUCAUGGAGAUCGACCCGAACGGGGAUGGAUGGAUUCUGCCGAAGGAUUUCCGCGAAAAGAUGGAACAACAGAAGAGCUACACGCCGGAGGAGAUCGACUUUCUGCUGGCGUGCUGUGAGACGAACCACGAUGGCAAGAUCGACUACAUCGGCUUCGUCGAUCAGUUCCACGAGCCCGCCAAAGAGAUCGGCUUCAAUCUGGCCGUCCUGCUGACGAACCUUUCGGAGCACAUGCCGAACGAACCCCGGUUGUCCCGGUUCAUCGAAACGGCCGGCUCGGUCCUGAACUACUUCGAGUCGUUCUUGGGCCGCAUCGAGAUCAUGGGCUCGUCGAAGCGCAUCGAACGGGUGUACUUCGAGAUCAAGGAAGCGAACAUCGAGCAGUGGGAAAAGCCACAGAUCAAGGAGUCGAAGCGCGCGUUCUUCUACUCGAUCGUCACCGAGGGCGGUGACAAGGAGAAGCUGGAGGCGUUCGUCAACUUCUGCGAGGACGCCAUCUUUGAGAUGACGCACGCCUCGGGGCUGAUGGCCAGCGACGACGAUGGGGCGACCGUGCGGCGGGACCAAGCGUUCACGUACAUCAGCGAGGAGGAGGAGGAGCGCGCCGCGCGCGAUCCGAUCAAGCGCACCAUCCAGGCGAUCAAGGAUGGUCUGUCCUACUCGAUGUACAUGAUCAGCCCGUCCAACAUCAAGCACCAGAUCACCGUGCUGCAGACGAAAUCAUUCCCCGAAAUCAUAGUCGGCUUUUUCAAGAUGAUCUUCUACGCGUUCUACUACUCGGGCUUCGGUGUGUCGGUCGUGAUCCGGUACCUCGUAAAUAUCCUAAUGUCGCUGAUGCGUGGCCCUGCCCACGAGGACGAGGGCCCAAUCCCGGAGGCGGAACCGUCGCUUCACGCACUGCCGCCACUCCCGUUGGAGGAAGCCCCGGGAACGGUGCAGGCGUUCGGGUUGGACAUCAGCAAGGAAGAAAACGGACAGUACCGCAUGCAGCCACACGAAUCGCCCGCCCUGAGCCCAUCGUCAUCGAUCGAGGAAACGGGUGAAAGCAGCCCGGAGGAUGGAUCGGCCGAACAGACAGGCGAAGGUCUAGCGCCGGGUGAGUCUCCGAUGACGUUGGUCGACCUGCUCGGUGGCGAGGCUGCCAAGAGGGCCGCCCAGGAGCGCACGGAAGCCCAGAAGGCCCAGGAAGCGACCCUGGCAAGCAUCGAGGCGGAAUCGAAGAAAGCGUCCGCCGAAACGAAGGAACCGGCCGCCGUCCACCAGAUCGACUUCAGCAAGUACACGAAGAAGUGCGUCAGCUAUCUGGCACGUAACUUCUACAACCUCAAGUACGUCGCACUGGUGCUGGCGUUCUGCAUCAACUUUAUGCUGCUGUUCUACAAGGUAACGACCCUGGGCGACGAGGAGGAAGGCGAAGGAGGAUCGGGCGAUGGGCUGCUGGGGCUUGGGUCCGGGCUUGGCUCUGGGCUUGGUAUCAUCGAGACCGGUUCCGGUGGUGGCGAAGGUGGCAGUGGCGAGGGUGGCGAAGGCGAAGAGGAGGACCCACUGGAGAAGGUGCACGUCGACGAGGACUUCUUCUACAUGGAGCACGUGCUGCGGGUGGCCGCCAUGCUGCACAGUUUGGUGUCGCUCGCCAUGCUGAUCGCUUACUACCACCUGAAGGUUCCGCUGGCCAUUUUCAAGCGCGAGAAGGAGAUCGCCCGUCGGCUGGAGUUCGAUGGUUUGUUCAUCGCGGAGCAGCCGGAGGAUGACGACAUCAAGUCGCACUGGGACAAGCUGGUGAUAUCGGCCAAAACGUUCCCGGUUAACUAUUGGGACAAGUUCGUCAAGAAGAAGGUCCGCCAGAAGUACAGCGAGACGUACGAUUUCGACUCGAUCUCGAACCUGCUCGGCAUGGAGAAGACGGCGUUUGCGGCGCAGGAAGCGAAUGAGGGAGGUGGCUUCUUCAGCUUCAUCGCUAACAUCGACUGGCGGUACCAGAUUUGGAAGGCGGGCGUUACGAUCACGGAUAACUCGUUCCUGUACUCGCUCUGGUAUUUUACGUUCUCGGUGAUGGGCAACUUCAAUCAGUUCUUCUUCGCGGCCCAUCUGCUCGAUGUGGCGGUCGGUUUCAAGACGCUCCGCACGAUCCUGCAGUCGGUCACGCACAACGGCAAGCAGCUGGUGCUAACCGUGAUGCUGCUCACGAUCAUCGUCUACAUCUACACGGUGAUCGCGUUCAACUUCUUCCGCAAGUUCUACAUCCAGGAGGACGACGACGGCGAGGAGGGCGACCGGAAGUGUCACGACAUGGCGACCUGCUUCGUGUUCCACCUGUACAAGGGCGUCCGGGCGGGCGGUGGUAUCGGUGACGAGAUCGGCGAUCCGGACGGUGACGAGUACGAGGUGUACCGCAUCCUGUUCGACAUCACGUUCUUCUUCUUCGUCAUCGUCAUCCUGCUGGCCAUCAUCCAGGGUUUGAUCAUUGAUGCGUUCGGUGAGCUGCGUGAUCAGCUCGAGUCGGUCAAGGAGGACAUGGAGUCGAACUGCUUCAUCUGUGGCAUAGGCAAGGACUACUUUGAUAAGGUACCGCACGGGUUCGAUACGCACGUGGCCCAAGAGCACAACUUGGCCAACUACAUGUUCUUCCUGAUGCAUUUAAUCAACAAACCGGACACGGAGUACACCGGUCAAGAGACGUACGUUUGGAACAUGUACCAGCAGCGGUGCUGGGACUUCUUCCCCGUCGGUGACUGCUUCCGAAAGCAAUACGAGGACGAACUGGGUGGUGGUGGCAGCUAAGCUUAGUGUUUACAAUGCGGACCAGCUGCGACAAACCGUGUGACAUAACCUUAAUCCGAAGUUUAUCCCCCACAAAAAUUCAAACCAAAGAACAGACGAACAAACGAACAAUCAUCUUUGCACGGGAACGUCAGAAGAGCCUCGGAGUGAAAGAUUUGUAAAUUUUGUCCUUUUUGCCGAAUACUUGGAGCGUGACAACCUGUCCUUUCGAUACUCAACCCCAUUUACAAACCGAACUAGCGGUGGGACUAGAUAGACCGAGAGCUGAAUUUGUAAUCAUAUCGCUUCGCUACAUUACAUCUGCACCGAACAGGACCAGAGCCAGAGCGCUGUCGCAGAGGAGCACAAAGUACACCACUUUACGCUUGUUGCAAACUACUCCAACUAAUACUUCCAUGAGACAUAAGAGUUACCCUGAGAGCGAACAAUCGAAUCGAAGACAAGGAAUCCUACCUCAGCGGUGUGGUAGACCACUGUGGUAGAACAAUGCAGCAGAACAAUGUCGGUACAUUUUUUAACAGUUUAUCAGCAGCGCCGUUCGGCCUUACGUAUCAACCAAAAAAAGAAUCAGAUCGGCCAUCAGACGCCACUCUUCGAACUAUCGAACGAAACCGUUUUGUUCGCGCCGCUCCGUCGGCCGGACCAUUCUAUUACGUUUUAUACUCUUGUUGUUGUCCCCGGCACGAGUCGUUUCGUUUCGGCCCCCUUUUCGUUGCUAGCAAUAGUGCUUAGACUGUAAAAAUACGCAAAUAGGCAUGUUAUUAGGUUUCGUUAUCUCCAGGCCCCAGCGUCUUGUUAAUCUUGUCUUUUUAGCAUAAGUUUUUUGGCGGUGCAAUAUUAUACCGUGGGAAGGUUAAAACUUUAGUUGUGUGCCUCUUCUGCCUUCGUACGCACACUUUCGAAUGGUUUUUUGUAUCUUUGUUUUACAUCGAGCGAGUUCUACUCUACCAAACGCACUUCUACUACAGACAGCUGGCUGGCGGUGUACGCCAACGUGAGCCACAUAUUCGUUUUUGUUAUUGAAGAAUGAGAUCUAGUUAAACUAUGAGAAUUUUUUAGGGUAAAUAAAAUUGAAU